AUGGAUGAAAUAAUUAAUGUUAAAGAUCAAAUAAUAUGUAAUUCAAAUGAUUUAAAAAAUUAUUGGAAUAAAGCGUAUGCAUGUGGUAGAGUUCCAGCACCACGUCAUGCUCAUUCAUCAGUAGUAAUUGGUGAUUCACUCUUUAUGUAUGGUGGAUAUGGUGUAAAGGGUACUCAUUUAGAUGAUUUCUUUAGAUUUGAUCUUAAAUUAAACCAAUGGUUUAGAAUUUUAAAAAAUGAAAAGAAAAAAUUUCAAUCAUCAUCAUCAUCAUCAUCAUCAUCAUCAUCAUCAUCAUCAUCAUCAUCAUCAUCAUCAUCAUCAUCAUCAUUGUAUUCAUCAUCAAUUGAUGAUAAAAAAAAUAUAAUAACAGCAAGACAUUCAUAUAGUAUGGUAGCAUAUGGUGAAUGUAUUUAUAUAUUUGGUGGAAUUGGUAUUGGGUUAAAUGAAAGUGAACCAAAUGUUUUUAAUGAUUUAUAUGAAUACAAUACUUGUACAGAUGAAUGGAAAUUAAUAAGUCCACCUAGAGAAUCAACAUUUGUACCAGAGAAAAGAUGGGGACAUUCGGCAGUUGUCUAUAAUGAUAAUAUGGUGAUAUUUGGAGGUAUGGGUCAAUCGAUUACAUUUUAUCCAACUAUUUUAUUCUAUAAUUUUAAGAGUAAACUAUGGUCACGUGUUACAGUAAAGAAUACAAUACCAUCACAAGUACCACGUGGUAGACAAUAUCACACAUGUUCAAUUAUAAAUGAUAAACUAUAUGUAUUGGGCGGCUACGACGGUGCAGUUUGUCCAACUGAUAUGUUUGAAUUUGAUUUAAUUACCAAUCUAUGGAGUAUAGUGCCAUGUAAUAAUAAUAAUGGAAAUCAUGUAAUCGUCAGGUGUGGCACAAGUGCAGUAUUCGAUAACAAAAUCUACCUUUUUGGCGGUAGGAAUAAAGUUGUCAGUAAUUCAUUACAUGAAUUCAAUCCUUCAACUCUUACAUGGAGAGAAAUUAAAUUAGUAGAUAGACCUUCACCACGUCAAUAUUCAACUUGUUUCAUUUACUCAAAUAGUUUUUACAUUUUUGGUGGUCAAUCUGAUUAUAAUGAAAAUGAUUUAUUUUAUUAUCAAUUAACUCAAAAUAAUAAUAAUAUUAAUAAUAAUUCAAUUUUUAAUCAAUUAUUUGAAAAUAGGACAUCAUUUUCAGAUAUUAAAUUUUUAGUUGAAAAUAGAAUUAUUAAUGCCCAUAAAUGUAUAUUAGUUUCAAGGAAUGAAGGAUUUAGAGCAUUAAUUACAAAUGGAAUGAUUGAAAGUACUUUAGAUAUUAUAAAAAUUAAUAAUUGUUCUUAUAAUUGUUUCCUUGCAAUAAUUCAAUUCCUUUAUACUGGUAAUUUAAUUUUUGAUGAUUUAAAUAUUUUAGAAUUAUUAUUAAUUUCUGAUCAAUAUAUGAUAAAUGAAAUAAGAAAUGAAUGUUCAAGAUAUAUUUCAAAUUUAGUAUUAAAUGAACCAAUAUCUGAUAUUUAUCAUCAAAUUAUUAAUCAAUCAUUAAGUGAAAAAAAUCUUUUAUAA